CUUUGGCACCAUCAAUGGUUGCAAGUUUCCAGAAGAAAGGAGAGGCAACCGCGUGUGAGAGUUAACCCAAGUGUGCUGCCCCCGGAUGACAGGACUGGAGCUGACAGAAACCACAGCACCAGCCCCUCCGCCUCCAGAAAGACCUCCGUGCCCUGCCCACCGGCUCAGGACUCCCGUCUCUCCCGGGCUCCGCCCAGCAGGGCAGCAGGCAGCUGGUGGCCCAGGUCCAAACCCCAACCCCGCCAUCUGCCAGCCACGUGGCCCGAGCCUCAGUUUCCCCAACCCCAACCCCGCCAUCUGCCAGCCACGUGGCCCGAGCCUCAGUUUCCCCAACCCCAACCCCGCCAUCUGCCAGCCACGUGGCCCGAGCCUCAGUUUCCCCAUCCGCCGCUGUAAGUCCGACUCGCUCAUGGAGGUGCUGGGCCCCGUGGGCGGCUCUUCAGCACCCGACAUUCUCAGCCUGAACAUCCUGAAUUCAGCCUCUCGCAGGCCUUCAAUACGGGAAUCCUUCUAAUGAAAAGAAAACAGAGGUG